UUAUCGCCAACAUCAUCAUAUCUUAUCUUAUCGUACAAUGUCCUUAGUGUACAUAUUUGGCUCGUUUGCUUCCCCGAUGUUGCCUCGCCACUUGUUCAGCAAAAAGGUGUGUAACUUCGUGUGCUACACCGCCUGCUUCAAUGUGAAUGCCCGCGCACCUGCGUCUACCUCACAUGAAGAGCUCACCCGCCCCGACGACUUCGUCUUCCACCAAUCAGCCUGCCAUUCCAGAUAAGCACACACCCGACGCAUCUCCUCCUUCAGCAGCAAGACCUCCUUGGUCCACCUAUUGCGACGCGCCAGCGCCUGACCCCAUUCCACGUGUAUUGCUGUGAUGACGUCAGUUACGCCCUGUGCCUACUGCGUCGGGAACUCACAGUCAUGCAGAUCUUUCUCCUUGUUGUCCAAAGCUCCGGGCGUGGUCCAGAUCCAUGAUAUCACCUGCUUCGACAAUCCGUGGUCCUGCCUCGGCACGCGCCCUGCUCCGAGCGCCCCAAUCUACUUUGCUGUCCAAGCAUCUGUCCUUUCUGUAUGCUGGAACUUUUCCAAGCGGCCAGCCUCCACCAGAGCCUGCCGUCCCCUUCGAUACCGGUUGGCGCUUGCUGUCACCUUCUCCCCGACUUUGCUAAUCAGUGUCCGUGCCUUUGUUGACUGGUUCUGGCCAGUCACGUUCGCAUUUCGGAAGCUGAUCAGGUGCCUCUUUGCAUGCAGACGCGCCCGAACCAGUGUGAGUGAGUUCUCGCACUGCGCCACCCGCAGCUUCGUCUCAAUGUCACACAACCUGGCCACACAACCCCGCGCUGGACCCAACGAUGAGGGCAUCUCGCUCGGCAUCCAUAGCUUGAUGUGUUCAGGCCGA